ACAGUUGCGUGAGUAAUGGUUUGUUUUGGCUCUGGGGAGCCACACCUGGGCAUGGACCUUUUUGCCAGCUGGAGUUUCAGUAGCCAUAAAAAAAUCUGGGGAGCUCGGGGUGCUCCGUGUUUGAUCCUGGGAGCUGCCCUGGAGAGGGGAGCGGUGUCUGCAGCAGAUCUCGGGUGGAUCACAGCACGGGGAUGGCUCUGGUGUUACAAUAUUCGGCAUGAGAAGGACAUGGAACUGUUGGAGCAAGUCCAGAGGAGGCCAUGAGGUUGAUGAGGGGCAUGUCCCCUGUGGCUGGUAGAGUUGGGGUUGUUCUGCCUGGACAAGGUUGCAUGGAGACCCCACAGUAGCCUUCCAGUAUCUGAAGGGGCUCCAGGGAAGCUGGAGAGGGACUCACCAUCAGGAAAUGCGACAGGACAAGGGGGGAAUGGCUGCAAAUUGAACCUGGGGAAAAUUAAUUGAGCUGUGUGGAAGAAGUUCUUCCCUGUGAGGGUGGGGAGGCCCUGGCAGAGGUUGCUCCAUCCCUGGAAGUGUUCAGGGCCAGGUUGGACAGGGCUUGGAGCAGCCUGGGACAGUGGAAGGUGUCCCUGCCCAUGGCAGGGGUGUGGAAUGAGAUGAGCUUUUAAAGUCCCUUCCAGCCCAGACCAUUCCAUGAUUCUGUUCCUGAACUGUGUCUCUGAAGCCAAAUAUGUCCAUGUCUAUUUGGAGGAACCUGAGACAUCAGGUCAGCCCAGAUAUUCAGGAGUCCUGAGUGAAAUCUGAGUGAGAAAUCAUCGAGGUAGAACAACUAAGUGAGGCACAGCUGGGAAGAGCAGAAUGCAGAGAAAUGCAUUGGCUGUGCCCAGGAGCAGCAGCUGGUGCCUUGCACACAGAAAAUGCUCUGAACGUGAACUGGACAGCACCCGCUGGAAUUAAACCUGCCCAAAGAAACUCCUCCUUCAGCCAGAGCCUGUUUGUGGUGGGGAGGGCACCUCUGCGAGGGAUGGGCUCGGAGAACAGUGCUUUGAAGAGCUACACCCUGGAGGAGCCGCCCUUCACACUGCCCAGCGGCCACACCCUCUACCCGGCCGUGCUGCAGGAUGGCAAACUCGCCUCCGUGUUCGUGUACAAGCGCGAGAACGAGGAGAAGGUCAAUAAAGCUGCCAAGCACCUGAAAACCUUGCGCCACCCUUGCCUUCUGCGCUUCCUCUCCUGCACUGUGGAAGCAAACGGGAUCCACCUGGUUACAGAGCGGGUGAGGCCCUUGGAGAUCGUCCUGGACACACUCUCUGCUGCAGAAAUCUGUGCAGGGAUCUACGAUGUGUUGCUGGCACUCAUCUUCCUCCAUGACAGGGGAAACCUAACACAUAACAACGUCUGUUUAUCAUCUGUGUUUGUGAGUGAGGAUGGGCACUGGAAGCUGGGAGGAAUGGAAACAGUCUGUAAAUUCAGUGAAGCCACCCCAGAGUUCCUCUGCCACGUGAAGUUGGUGCGAGACCAGUCGUGCAUCCCCUGUGAGGAGAUGUCUGCAGACUUCAAAAUCCUGCCCAGCAGCUACGGGCAUGCGAGGGACGCCUACGCCUUUGGGACAACAGUUGAGAAUCUCCUGACAGUUCUCAAUGAUCAGGUUUCAGCAGAUAUUCUCUCCAGCUUUCAGCAAACCUUGCACUGCACACUGCUGAACCCAGACCCAAAGUGUCGCCCUCCACUGUCCAGCUUACUGUCCCACGAGUUCUUCAGGAAUGAUUUUCUGGAAGUUGUGAAUUUUCUGAAGACCUUAACUCUAAAGUCUGAGGAGGAGAAAACUGAAUUUUUCAAAUUCCUGCUGGACAGGGUGGCUGGCUUGUCAGAGGAGCUGAUAGCAUCACGACUGGUGCCUCUUCUACUCAAUCAGCUCGUGUUUGCAGAACCUGUAGCUGUCAAGAGUUUUCUUCCUCAUCUGCUGGGCCCAAAGAAAGAGCAAAGUGGGGAGAGCCAGACCAGCUGCCUGCUGUCUCCAGCCCUGUUCCAGGCCCACGUGAUCCCUGUGCUGCUGAAGCUGUUUGAGGUGCACGAGGAGCACGUGCGGAUGGUGCUGCUGUCUCACAUCCACGCCUACGCCGAGCUGUUCUCCCGGGAGGAGCUGAAGAACAUCAUACUGCCACAGGUGUUGCUGGGCCUGCGGGACACCAGUGACUCCAUCGUGGCCAUAACCCUGCACAGCCUGGCUGUCCUCGUCUCCCUGCUUGGGCCUGAGGUGGUCGUAGGUGGAGAAAGAACAAAGAUCUUCAAAAGCUCUGCACCAAGUUUCAUGAAAACUGCUGAUGUCUCCCCAGAAGGUUCCCCCAGUCACGUUGUGAACAACCAGAGAAACCAAACCUCUCGGCCCCUGAAGAGCAGUCCCAGCUCGUUCCCCAGCUCUGCAGGUGCACCUGGCAAGAAGCUUCCUGUGCAACAGGACAAUCCCCUGCCUUCUAACACAGGUGAGCAAGGCACUCAGCGCCCCCUGAAUGGAAUUCCUGGAAGCAUUAAUACACUGGGGAACAGCAGGAGCUCUAAGACUACCUCAGAAAAGCCAGCAGAGGAGUGGCCAGACUGGAGUGUGCCAGAGGAGACGGACACUGAGAAAACUGUGAACAUUCAAAUUCAGCCCCGGGAGCUGCGGGGCAGCGUGGGACCUUAUUUUGCUGAUCAUGAUGUAGAUGAGAAGCCUUGGGAUGACCUCGAACCCAGGAGCCCCAGUCCUAAACUGUCCUCAGGAAAGUGCCCCACUGUGACACAGGCUGAUGCAGCUGAAAGGCCGAGGCCUGUGCCAGGUACCCAUCAACUGAGCAGAGAAUUCAAAAGCCUCAGUCUGAGUUCCCCCACGAAGUCUUGCCAUGGGAACAGCUGGAGCAAUGACAAGUGGGACCAUGAGGAACAACUGGGAGAAACUGUGUUGCCAAAAUCUUUUCAGGAAAGGUUGAAGUCUUCAUCAGAGUCUGGCCUGGGAGAAGAAUUCACGAUCAAAGUGAAGAAGAAACCUGUGCAAGACCCUGAGCUGGACUGGUUUGCUGACAUGAUCCCAGACAUUAAACCUUCUUCCUCCCUCUUGAUUUUACCUGAGGCAAGGACAGAAGCAGUUGUUCCCACUCACUUGGGUGGGGUGUCCAGCAGAGAAGGUGCCUCCCAGACUGUGCUGUUUUCAUCCAAAUUUGCAGCAGCUGAUGUGAUUGAGGCUGAAGCUCCAGGCUGGGGUGAAGAAGAGGAGUUGAACUGGGAAGAUGAUACAAACUGGUAACAGUUCUGAACGACACUAAGGCAAUUCAUAGUGUGUUGGAUCCUGUGACAGGAGUUGCUGCUUCCCCAGUCCAAUGGAUAAUGUACCUCAGCACUGCUUUUGCCACAAGGCAGGCACUUGCUGCAAAGCCACGAGAUCCCCUGGGGCCUGAGCUCUUGCCAAGGAUGCUCCUUCCCAGUCUGUGCCAAAAGCUGCAGGGGUGAGCCUGCACUCGAGCAAUAGGCCCAGCUGUGGUGCUGCCACUGCUCCCAGCCACAGGACAGCAUGAUGGAGGUGAUGGUGCUGAUGUGCUACUGGAGGCCAAGAGUGGUGGAGGAGAUUGAUCCAGAACUCACCCCUGCCCUGAAAAACUGCUGACAAUAAAUGAAAGUCACACUGA